AUGUCAUUGCCCAACCCUACAAUCACUUAUAAGGCGUGGGCUUACAAAAAUUGCUACAGUCCCAUUAGGAUUGUCAAUGAAACUAUAGAAUUGGUAAAGAACCCCAGGGGCGAAGGGUAUAUUGCCCCUCGGGGCAAAAUCUUGAUCAAGAUCUACUAUGCUUCAUUGAACCCAGUCGAUUACAAAACCUAUGAAACAAAACCGGCCAUUUUGGGUUGGCUCAACUCCAAACAAGGGUUCGGUCGUGAUUUUGCUGGAGAAGUCUUGUCAAUUGGAGAAAGUACAGCAACCAAUGUUCAAAUUGGUGAUUUCGUCCAGGGGCUCUAUGCUCCAUGGUUCGAUAAGGGAUCAUGUGCUGAAUAUUUAUUGCUUGACCCCAAAAAUUCGCCAAUUACUACCAAGCCCCGCAAUAUAGAUUUUGCUGAAGCUUCCUCGUUCCCAUUGGUUUUGGGAACCGCUAUUCAGAUGUAUGCUAGAGGUGGGAUCAAGUUGGCCAAUAGCAAAGUCCUUGUCAUUGGAGCUGGUACUUCAGUUGGUAGAUAUGCAGUCCAGUUGGCUAGAAAUGGAGGUGCCAAAGAAGUUGUUACAACAAACUCACCAAGAACUGCAGACUUGAUUCAGAGCUUGGGAGCUACUUCUCAAAUUGACUACAGAAAGAACCCCAACUUGUUACAACCAGUGUUGGAAAGUGUCAAGUCCAGUGGUCAAUUUGAUUACAUCAUUGAUUGUUGGGGUGGUGAUGACCUAUUUGCAGAGAUCAACACAAUCAUCAGAAAAGGUGGAGUUUACAACACAAUUGUUGGUGAUGCACCAGGAACCGGACUUGCUGCGUUACUUGGAGGUAUCAGAUCCAUUUCCAGAACCAUUGGAUCUAAGUUGGGUUUGUUAAACUACAAAUAUGAAUUGAUGUUGUUGGAUUUCAACGCCGGAUGGAUUGAUGAAGCAAGAGAUAUGAUUGCUGAUGGUAAGUUGAAGGUUUUUAUUGACUCCGUCUGGCCAUUUGAUCAAUUGAAUGAUGCCAUUGAGAAAUUGGAGAGUGGAACCGCUCAAGGGAAAGUUGUUUUGGAAGUUUCCAGGCCCAAUACUGGUGCUGAAUCCGUAAAACAGUUCCCCCCCAAUCCAUUUAAAUAG